UAAAAUAAAAUAAAUUUAACUCACCAAUAUGAUGCACAGUAAUGGAGUUGUAGCAACGAUGUUAAUCUAUAAAAUACAAACAAAAUUACAAUAAUGUUUCUAAAAAAUUUUAAAAUGUUUCAAAAAAUUAUUACCAAAUAUUACAUUUAAUGUACGUUAAUGUACUUUUUAAUAUAUGUUAUUGUAUGUGUUUAGUGUACAAAAUAUAGUACUAUCCAUAAUAUUUAAAAUGCAGGAAGAUAUAUAAAAAUACAUCAUAUAUGUUUUUGCGUGAUCUCUAAUUAUAAAGUACGAUUAUUACCAUCCAUGUCAUAAAAUAUUUCACGCGUCUCAGAACAAAAGUAAAUACACUUCUGAGAUUCAAUUCUAACAUUGUUAUCAUUAUUGAUAAUUGCAACCGGUUAAAACAUAACUUUCGGGACAGACGCAUUUAAAUCUUAAAAUAAUCCAGUUUUUAAAAUAUAAAUUAUCUAAAUUCCGAUGCCAAUUUUCGACCGUUCAAAGUGAAUAUCAUUAGGGCGAGAAGAAAGAAUACGAGCAAAAAUACCUCCGUGGCGACAACAAGCAAUCACCGUAAUAAACAAUAAAAUAUUCCGUCAUUAAAUAAAUAACAAAUAUAUUACCUGGAUGGAUGCUCCGUCGAUGCCUGACGCCUUCCCGGGCCGCCUCCUGCUCCUCCUCACUCCUUCGUCCGUUGCUGCUCCUUCAUGGCACUCACACAUACACAACCGACACUCGCUCGCUCGCGAAAAUAAGGUUAAUUACUCGCGCUAAUCGCACACGGGAAUACGAUGAUCGCGCGGCACUUUGACACGGCACUCCCGAGGUCAGUCGUACGCGACGUGCGCUUCGUUACAUCGCGAUACGGGAAGGAUGAGACGCGAUAAGACACGGAAGAGAGGAUUGUGGCGAUAACUCGACCGACGCCACGAAUCGCGCGAUCUGCACUCGCGAGCUAACCUCACCGUCGCGUCGCGGUCGCCGUCGGUUGAACGACGCGACGUAUCGACGGCGCAAUGGAUUUCGGGCGAAUUAACUUCGGUUUCCGUCCACGCGACGGAAUACGGAUCUCCACGGGUCAUCUCGAACGCGCGCUUUUCCGACGUAUCUUUUCCGGCGCGACCGCGACGCCACGAAGGAUAGCCGGCGCCUCGCCAACGUACGAACUCGCGUACCCCCGUGAUUACGCGGUGACGACGAGUAUCGAGAGCCACGAUCGCGGCCGAACACGACCGUACGGGACAAUUAUACGUAUCGCGACACCACUCGACCGCGAUAUCCAUCGACUCCGCGACAUUCCGCCGGUAAACACAAGUGCUCCAAUAUGGCGUUGUUUGUUGCGCAGCCGCACCCCUGGCCCCCUGUACGGCCACUUGUACGGAGUGAUACGACGUGAGUCAUGUGAUGCACUCGUAUGACGUGUCUAACGAAUCACGUAACGGUAAACGACCGAAAUUCAGCAUUGCGCCCUUAAAGUCCGCGAGGUAUCGUCGUCGACGAACGACAGAAUUGUGUGUCGCAAAUUUCUAUCCUUCUACGAAACACCGAUUCGACUCUCAAUAGUAGCGUGUGGUACCCGGAAGGCCGGAAGAGACGCGCUCGCACGACGCGACGCCUACUUCAGACGGGUGAAUCGUGCGACAAGAGGUACUCGUUUCCGCGAAUCGCGAGACCGAGUCGCGGGCGGAUUCACGUAGCUCCCGUUCGCGGUCGACGAUCGUUCGUUUUCACGGCUUCCGUGUCGCGAGUGUUGUCCGAUUGUGUGCGAGGUGAGAGGGUGAGACGCGAAUAAGCGGCUCGCGUCUCGCCGGACGUUUCCGCGAAUCGCGAGACCGAGUCGCGGGCGGAUUCACGUAGCUCCCGUUCGCGGUUGACGAUCGUUCGUUUUCACGGCUUCCGUGUCGCGAGUGUUGUCCGAUUGCGUGCGACGUGAGAGGGUGAGACGCGAAUAAGUGGCUCGCGUCGCGUCGACCGCCGAACCAAGGUCGCGCCUGCCGUCCCAACAACAAAGUGUCUACGUGCUCCCCGCGCGCCGUGCGCCGUACGUACGUGGAAAAAAAACAGAGUCGCCGUUACACCACGGGAUGUGUUUACCGCGUUAGAAAACCGCACGGAUUUCCUGUCGCCGACUCUUCACGCCUCCGACGAGCGUCGGGUAUCCUGCUGGCUGGACUUUGUCGACGUUACGUGAGUGUUGAGUGAAAUGAGCAAAUCUGAGAAGACUUGGGGGAGCAUCAGGCGACGGCAAAACAACCAUAGGAUCAAAGGAUUUCCGCAUUACAACGUAUUAUGCGCUCUGUUAAUCUUUCGAACACUCGUAUAAAAAACUGGCCAAAAGGUUUCAAAGAAAAUGGCGAUGAGAAAGCGACGGACAUGGCAAUAAGGGCAGGUAAAGGAAUCAACAACAAUGGGGGUCUCGAAAUGCGAGAAGGAAGAGCGGCGGGAAAGAAGGCACGGGGCAACUUUGAGAAGGAAAAGAAAGGAGGAAAGACAAGGAGAGGAAGAAGAAGAGACGCUUGCGGCUCGUGAGGAUCAGGCAUAGAUGAACCAACAGUGCAAGGUGUGCGGUGAGCCAGCGGCUGGCUUCCACUUCGGUGCAUUCACCUGCGAGGGUUGCAAGUCUUUCUUCGGACGCUCGUACAACAACUUAGCAACCAUCGCCGACUGCAAGAACGACGGCAAGUGCGUGAUAAAUAAGAAGAAUCGCACCGCGUGUAAAUCUUGCCGUCUGAGAAAAUGCAUCUACGUCGGGAUGUCAAAGUCUGGCUCGCGGUAUGGUCGCAGGUCGAACUGGUUCAAGAUCCACUGUCUCUUACAGCAGCAGCAACAGCAAGAACAGCAGCAGCAGAUAGAACAGCAGAUGCAACAGCAACAGCCGUUGCAGCAGCGCCAGCAGCAGCAACACUACCAGCCGGCUCUUCUCAUGUCCCAUCAAUUGUCGCAGCAGCAACGUAACCCGACGAGUUCACCCAUCCAUGGCAUUCACGGCAAUCAAAGCAGGGACGAACCCUCGAUGCUGAGCGCAGACUCGCCCAACAUAAGCUCACCCGAGUCUCACAAUAGCGACAGCUCCGUCGAUGUCUCCGAAAGGAGAGCGGCCUUCGCCGGACAUCACAGUAUGCGGCCACUUUCGCACUUGCCACCAGUUGAUUUGUCUGCCCUGGGCCUGCCAUUGGGCUUCCCUCUCGGCGGUAUGUCACUCCUGCCGUCGGCCUUCCUGCCACCACCCGGGCUCACCAUGUUUCCACCCUACGCUCACGUAUACGCGGCGCCACACGGCGCAUCUCAUCCCCUUAUGCCGAAUCAUUCGUCCAGCCUGCUGCAACGUUCGCCGACGGCAACUACGAACGAUGAAAACGCCGACGAGCCCGCGACCGCCACGACGUCGACCAUGACAACGACCGUAGCCACGACGACCACGUUAAGAAUCUCAACGUCGUCAACCGACGACAAAGACUCCUAUGAGAAAAACAACAAUAAUGACCGAUUCUGUCUGGAUAUGGCCCUAAAGAGAGAAACGAGCGAGCAAACGUUGGAGAGAUCGCGGAAGAGUAUGCGACUUUCCGAAGGUAGUUCAACCGAAUGCAGUCCGGAACGGGAAGUCGCCUGCCCACCGCCGCAGGAUAAUCCAAUAGAUCUCUCCAUGAAAGCCGCUGUGACACCUGUUAGCGAUCAUCUACAGAACGAGAUAGAAGAUGAAAUAGAUAACGUCAGUGAUGCAGAAAACUCGGCCGCGAAGAAACCCAUAGAUUUAACAACAAAAUCCUAACUGACCAUAAUUUAAAAGAACAAGAACAAUUGUAGAUAGAAACGAGGAUGUUUCCUUCCUCUCUAAUGGACAUCUGUCCCUAUUGGGACAAAACGUAUCACGCUUUAUUUAAAUUUAUUCACCUACAUAGUUGUUCUUUAGUUUAUUCCAAAAACGAUAAUGUUUUACAAUAAUAUUCCCCGAUAGGCAUAUUGUGCAAAUAUUGCACAUUGUAUUGCAAAUGUAAUUUAAUAAAUUGUCCCAUCGUGGUUAUUAUUAACUCUUCACAUGGAAAAUGCAAGGGAUAAGAAUAUUUUUUAUCUCGCUGUUCUCUGGUUACACAAUCCCGUGUAUAUAAGUGAAUAGCUUUCUCGUCGCGUGAUUGUCCUGUCAUUCAUAUGCACAGGAUCAAAUUAUUAUAGAUUAUCCUUCGAGAGAAUAAAAUUUGUUCCGUUUGAAACCAGAAAUGAUACGCCACAAAGUUUAAUUUUUGCGGGUUUUUACGGCCUAUUUUUAGUUUUAUUUAAUUGAACACGGACGUUAUUGCGCACUAACAACGAAAAUUACAUUCGAUAAAUACGAAGUAGAAAACGAUUUGUUUAUAUCAUUUAAAUCUUUAAGUAGCGAAAUAAAAUAGUUUAUUACAUUGACGAGGCACUUGCGUUGGUAUUUAUGUUAAUAUUAGCAAGAGAGCAAAAGAGCAAGAGAGCGAGAAAGAGAGAGAGAGAGAAAGAGAAAAGUUUUCAGUCAAUAUUGAAAUUAUAUAUAUUGAAAUUGGCGUUCAAAAUGCGAUCUUCAAAAGAAAUAAUUUUAAAAGAUAGCAUUAUACAUAGAGAACUUGCAAUUCAAUAGAAAAAAAUUUACAUCUUAUAAAAAAAAAUUAGAAUUCAUAGAUUUACAUACCUAUAUACAUGUUUAUGUAUUUGUAUAAAAAUUGGUGACCUAAUGUAAUGAAUUAUAAUGAAUAUUGACUAAAUUUUUUUAUUUUAAUACUUAAAAGAGCAAAGGUAUCAUUCGAAUUUUUAUUUUAUCUCUCUCGUAUAACUUUCUUCUAUAUAAAAAUUAUAUAGAAGAGCACGUCUUUUUUCAGUAUGUUCAAUAGUGAAAUUUAAUACUUUGAUAUCAUCGGAAAUUUUUUCUAAUCUAAUGUUAAUCUUCCAAGCUGAUUUAAUUAUUUCUAACGUAUAUCAAACUUUGGCAAUGUAAUAUUUUAAAAAGUGAAUCAAAAAAGUAAUGAAAGACUUUUGGUUAAAAAAUUUAAUUUAAGAAAUAAUCGUCAGAAAUUAUUCAAUUAGAGAAUGAGUUGAUAUACAAAUUGUACAUACAUUUAUUAUCCGUACAACAUAGUAUACGAUUAGUUAUAGUCAUAUCUCGUGAUUUAGGAAAAUUAAUAAAAUGCAUAUCGAUUUUAUUUCAUUGUUAAACUAUUUUCAUAGAUGAAUAAAUUUUCAUAGAAUGUUCGAAAUAAGAACUGAUUGAAAAGACG